AUGGGUAGUGGUGUAGGAAUCUUUACUCAUGUUAGGGUGAAUGGCAGAGAUAGCCAAGUUGCUUCUGGAUUCCAUGUGUUGAUGCAUUACAUGGCAAUAUUUAUGGAUGCAAAAGUGUUGUUGGAGGGGUCUCUAGAACCAUCUCAUCAUCGCCUCUCAAAGAUCAUCUCCACACAGGAUGAAACGAGUGACAGCGUGCAACUUGAGAAGGGUGAUCAACAUUGGUCUCGAAGGGAACCAAAGACUGACUUGGGCCCCCAAAAGACUCAAAUCGCAGCGAAAAUCGUUGAAGCAAAAUUAAAGAGCUACAUCGAUUUUGGAUCUCUCCCAAAUGGGUUGGACCCGAGAUUGCAUUUUCAAGUACCAUCGACAGAAUUGAAGGUCAAAAGUAGGGAAAGCCCCAAAGCGACCAGAUUUGGUGGUCUGGACAUAAUUUAUGAUAGAGGACUUAUGAAGGGGAAGUUUUUCUUCCAUGUGACGGGGAAAACAGCCAUUAAGAGGCAAAAGGGAUACGAAUCCAACAGACAUAGCUUCACUGCAAAAGCCAAACUAGCAAUUUCACACCGCAAAGCUAGGAUUCACCACCUUCUCAAGUCACACUAUGGGCAGGCAAGGACACCAAUCGGUGGCGAUUCAUGGGAGGAGAAGGCUUUUGCUGAGGAUUUCGGGUGUGUGUGGCCUCCAAGGUCUUACUCGUGUAGCUUCUGCAAUAGGGAGUUCAGGUCUGCUCAAGCUUUAGGAGGCCACAUGAAUGUGCACCGGAGAGAUAGGGCGAGGCUCAAACAGUCAGCUCUCAGCAAUCAAAGUGACGAAAUCCUGAGCCAGACUCGGAAGCCGGGUCUUUCUGGUAUCGUUCUGCCCUAUGAGCUCCAAUCUGAAGCUUUUUCAUUAUUGGAUCACAAGAAUGACCUUAAUUCUAGCAACUAUUUCACACCGUCCCUUUCAUCUAAGGUUUUAGGUUUACCAUCAUCCGAUAAAAAACUACCUCGCCCUGAAGAGUUGGCCUGUUCUCCUUAUCAUUCUGUCCUUGUCAAGGAAGGGCAAAAGGUUCUUUUCGAUCCCGUGACCAUGAAAGUCCACUGCUCAUCAGACAAAGACCGGCUCGAGAUGCAGAAAAUUUUAAGGGAGGACGAACAUGAAUGUUUUGAUAGUUCGUCCAGCGAAACUGAUUUAUCAGUGGGAUUGAGUUCCAACUUCGGCCGCCGUCCACCAGCCACCAGUUCUUGCAGCAACGAAGCGAUUAAUCUCAAAAGGCCAAAAACGUCAGAGUCAUCUUGGCUGACCGUUCUUAAUCCCUGUUCAUCCAUUGGUGGCUAUCCUCGGAAAUCAGAUGUUCAAAUUGGGCUCAAGGUUAGCUCCAUGGAAGACUUGGACCUUGAGCUCAGACUUGGGGAUCCUCCUAAGGUGAAAUAGAAUGAUACAGCUUAAGAGAUAGCUGGAAGAAAGAACUCUGAAUGCUUUGAUUUUCUUUUUUCGUUUUUUUUUUUUUUUUUCCUUUUAUGUGGUCAAACUGAUAGUUGUUGGGGAAAAGCCUCCUUUCUUUGGGAAUAUUGAUUGAUUCUCAAUUUAAUCA